AGGCCGUUUCGGCUCACCAGUUUGCGUUUCCCGGCCGCCGCUCUGUUAAGUCUGGUGCUCCUUGUCGAUAUCUUCCGCUUGAUUGCCUUCUUUCCAAGCUGAGGAUAUGGCCGGGCGGAAAGACAAAGGAGUGUCAAUCAAGGAGCCACAAGCUGUGAGUUUACCCAGGAACGAUAAAGGAGGGAUCCUAAUCACAGAAGACGAGUUGAAGGUCGCGUGGGAUUUCUUCGACACGGGGGGGAAGUCGAAGCUGACCACCAACGACAUCAAGAAACGCCUGCAGACGUUCUACAAGGACCGCCUUCCCCGGGCGCGCCGGGCCUCCGCCUCGUGCACCGCCAGAGCACGUCAUCUUUCUGCGCCAUUGCUCUGGCCAGGUCGCCCUAGGGCGCGAGACUACGCGAACACGCCCGGCUCGAAAAAGUCGAGACUCCAGGACAUAUCAACCAAGGAGGUCAAGUUCCUCUUGAAUAAUCAGCCGGAGAUAACGUUCGAGGAGCUGUUCGCUUUGCUCAAGGACAAUCAGCUGACCAACUUCGACCCUGUGAAGGAGGCCUUCAAGGUCUACGACCCGCACGGUACAGGGUUUGUCGACAUGGAGGUCAUCAAGUCUUUUUUCAAGGACCUCGGGUACGGCGACAUCUCCGAGGAUGACGCGAAGAUCAUCCUCGAAACCGCGGACGGGGACAAGGAUGGCAGGAUCGGCCUGGACGACUUCCGCAUGAUGGUGCCCUUCGGGCAGCCUCGCGAGGAUGCCGACGCUUCCGGCGACUGAGCCUCCUCGGCUACCAGCAUGCGCGUAUGCGCGCACCCUGCUUAUAUUGGUCGCCAUGAAGACCUCCGUUCCUUCGUUGCAAAUCUGCUGGACCUGCGUUCUCAUUCCUUCGCGGUGAGAACGCCUGCUUGCUGUGCAGGCCGCGGGAUGCCCUCUUCGUCUGCCUUCUAGCUGGCCUUGCCAGGCUUCGCUUUGAAGCUUGUGCUGUUGAUGGCCGCGUCUCACCCCUCUGUCUCGGCGCCCAACUCGUUCAAUCUUGCGGACGGAUCCUCGCAGCAGCCUGGCGAGGAUAUCUUGCUGGUUGUGUCCUGUGCGCUUUCUCGCCAUGCUGCAGGCAAGCUGCUGUGCGCUGGGCUGGCUCGCCUUGGACUGAAUGCCGAGCGUCCUUUGUAUUUCAAGCGCCGACGGUCCUCGCGAGCAAAAAGGGCAGGCACGAUGCUGGAGUUGGUGGUGGCUUUGCGCAGCUGCUCGUGUGGUUGGCGAUGCCAUGUCGAGCUGCCACCACGCAGCCACGUCCGAUUUCUAGUUCGACUUCUUGGCAUGGGUGGGCCUCCCUCUGCUUUCUGG